AUGAGCGGAGCCAAAGCCCGCAGCGAAGCGCCUGUUGCUGAGGACGUCUCCUCCGGCACUGCGGCUCCACCGCGGGACCGCAAGCCCGGCGGAGGGGUCCUGAAGAGGCUGAAGUCCCGCCGGAGCCAGGUGGACAGCAGGCCCGUCACGGAGGAGGACCUGCGGGCGCAGAGCGGACACAUCUCGCCGGAGGACGUGCUGGGACUGCGGGGGGCGACGCGAGGGUACCUGUGUAAACCUGAGGACAAUAUUUACAACAUAGACUUUGUGCGCUUUAAGAUCAGAGACCUGGAGACGGGCACCGUCCUCUUUGAGAUUGCCAAACCACCAAAUACAGAGGAUGAUGAGGAGAACAGAGAGGCAGACGCCAGCGCAGGCCGAUUUGUGCGCUACCAGUUCACCCCGGCCUUCCUGCGCCUGAGGACCGUGGGAGCGACGGUGGAAUUCACAGUUGGAAACAGGCCGCUGAACAAUUUCCGCAUGGUUGAAAGACACUAUUUCCGCGAUCACCUGCUGAAGAGCUUCGACUUUGACUUUGGCUUCUGUAUCCCAAACAGCCGUAACACCUGUGAGCACAUCUAUGAGUUCCCUCAGCUGUCUGACAGCCUAGUCCGUCAGAUGGUGGAGCGUCCGUACGAGACUCGCUCGGACAGCUUCUACUUCGUCGAGAACAGACUGGUCAUGCACAACAAGGCAGACUAUGCUUAUAAUGGAGGACAGUGAUAUCUGCCUGCCAGCAUGCAAACACACACCCCAAACAAGUGCAUGCACACACACAUGUGCACUCACAUUUAUAGAUAUAUAUACAAACAGACAUGCAUGCACAUGGCUGAACAUAAAUACAGUUCAUUCCCUCAUACGUGCACCAGCAGCUACAGACACGGCUGAGUUACAUUAUGUUUGUAAAGAGGAAAUGCCAAUCAUCAAAGCUGGCAUUUCGGGGGAUGUAUUCGAUAUUGCAUGAGGUCAAUAUUAAAAAGACGAAGAAAAUGGGCCAAUUUAUCUACUUUUAAGUUCUGGACCGAUGACUUUAAAAUCAGUGGCUGUGGGUCAUUUGUCCAAAACAGACCACAGUUAAUAAAUAGAUGGUCAGUGUCCUCUUAGCAAAUUUAAAAGUGUCCUACCACCCACCCACU